AGAAAUUUCUUGUUGCACCAGUUGAAUUCACAGUGGUGCUGUUGUGUUUGUUGCGAGCUUAGUUGGAUAGAAAAGCUGUGUGACACAAUAGUGAAGCAGAAAGUGCUUGAUACGUUUAAACAUUUGGACCGCCGUCACUGAAGCGCCUCAUCAGAACCGUUAGCUAGCUAGCUGGCAAGCUAGUUGAAAGGAGACGACUCUUGUGGUAGAGAAAUCACUCAGAAACAAUGGAUGAAGAACCGGAGAGAGCUAAGCGGUGGGAAGGAGGCUAUGAGAGGACAUGGGAGGUGCUUAAAGAAGACGAAUCUGGUUCACUCAAAGCCACAGUGGAAGAGAUCCUCUAUCAGUCCAAAAGGAAAAGGGUGAUAGAAAGCCAUGGACAAGUAAGGCUUGGAAUGAUGCGUCACCUUUUUGUGGUGAUUGACUGCUCACGCAGUAUGGAAGACCAGGAUCUGAAACCAAACCGCCUCACCUCAACUCUAAAGUUGAUGGAAGCAUUUAUUGAUGGGUAUUUUGACCAAAAUCCCAUCAGCCAGGUGGGCAUUAUCACCACAAAGAACAAAAGGGCUGAGAAGCUGACUGACCUGGCAGGAAAUCCAAAGAAGCACAUUGCUAUGCUGAAGAAAGCAGUGGACACAGUGUGUGUAGGAGAGCCGUCUCUGUACAACUCUCUGAAUCUGGCCAUACAAACCCUCAAGCACAUGCCUGGACAUACGAGCCGAGAGAUCCUGAUAAUCCUUAGUAGCCUCACCACAUGUGACCCAGCCAACAUCUACGAGAUGACCAAGACGCUGAAGUCUCUGAAUGUGCGAGUGUCAAUAAUCGGCCUUUCAGCAGAGGUCCGGGUGUGUACAGUGUUGACCAGGGAAACAGGCGGCUCAUACCACGUUAUCCUGGAUGAGAGUCACUUCAAAGAGCUGCUGAUGCUGCAUGUUAAGCCUCCUCCAACCAGCUCAUCAUCUGAAUGCUCUUUAAUUCGCAUGGGUUUUCCUCAGCACACAGUUAACUCUCUGGCGGACCAAGAUGCUAAACCUUCAUUCAGCAUGUCUCAUCUAGACAGCAGCAGCGGUCUGUCUCUGGGAGGAUACUUCUGUCCGCAGUGCCACUCUAAUUACACAGAGCUUCCCGUGGAGUGUAAAGUCUGUGGUUUGACUCUGGUAUCAGCCCCCCAUCUGGCCAGAUCCUUCCAUCACCUCUUCCCCCUUGAUGCUUUUAUAGAGAGUCCGGUGGAGGAGCUCCAAGGAAAUGGGUUCUGCCAAGCCUGUCAAGGGGAGCUGAAGGACAAAAGUAUAUUCACCUGUCCAUUAUGUCGCAGUGUGUUCUGUGUGGAAUGUGAUCUCUUCAUCCAUGAUUCGCUGCACUGCUGCCCCAGCUGUAUCCACAGUCAAACUGCUUCUUGAGGCAGAGCACCUCUCCAGUUAUCCAACAGAUGCUGAAGCAGAUCCGGAGGUCAUGUGUUCGGGAAUUACCCAGAGACUGAAUGUCUGUUAUUGACUUGUCAUGUCUCUCCUGUCAGUGUUUGUCAACCUCUGAUAGUAUGGGAAUCAUGGACACACGCUGCCUAUGGCCCAUCCAAAUGUGCGUGUUUGAAAGGCUUCUAUGUGAAGAUUGACAUAAAAUACAGACAUUUUUUUGAUUGAUA